AUGACUUCACCAAUGAAUGGAGCAAGUGAUCACGUCGCGAUCAAGCGCACCGAAACAAAACCAUUCUUGGACGAGUGGUGUAUCUACAGGGUUCCCAGCAAACUGCGCAACGUAAAUAAAGCAUCAUACACUCCUCAAUUACUUUCGAUAGGCCCUUUCCACUAUGGCAGUCCAGAACUGAGGGACAUGGAAAGCCAUAAACAGAAGUAUUAUGAGAAAUUUCUCAGACGGUGUUCAAAGAAUGAGGCUGAGCUGAAAAGCUUGGUGAGCCAACAUCAGGCCAGAAUUCUUAGUUGUUAUGCAGGUACCAUCGAGUGCAGAGGCAAAUUCGUGAACAUGAUUCUAGUUGAUGCUUGCUUCAUCAUUGAACUAUUUAUAACAGACUCUGAAACAGAAAAUCAUCACAUACUGAGGUCACCUUGGAUGAGGAAAGCUGUAGAGACAGACUUGAUACUGUUUGAAAAUCAGAUUCCUUAUUAUUUUCUUCAAGAGCUUUAUGACUUUGCCAUUUCCAAUGCUGAACCUAACAUUGCCGAGGACCUUACACCUGAUCCACAUCGAUUCCGUACUCUUUCUUGUAAGUUUUUUAAAGAAUAUAACAAGAAGAAAAGAGUUCUCGGCAAUGGAGUAAAGCUGAAUCAUUUCACUGAUUUGGUUAGACUAUUUGUGUGUACAGACAAAGUACAAGGUGACUGUGUCAGUAACCAAAAGAAGUGUAAAUAUGAUGUGAGAAAGCUCAAGGCAGCAGGAGUAAAGUUUACGCACCUUGCAGAGCCCUUUGUAAUAGAGUCUUUGUCAACAGGAGUUAGCAGCUGUAGAUCCAAGUUAGCAUGUUGUCUUACAACCAAGGAGUUGAAGCUUACACGUUUCUGGGCAACAUAUGAUGCUGAGAGCGUCAUAAGAAACAUUAUGGCCUUGGAACAACUCAUCUACCCGAAAAAGGCUUAUAUUUGCAGCUAUUUUUUGCUACUUAGUCAACUUGUCAACACUGUGGAAGACAUAGAUUUGCUGAUUAAGGACGGAGUGGUCGAGAACUUGCUAGGCAGCAACAAAUCGGUCGAAAAGCUUAUUAACUCAUUCUGUGUGCACAUUGUGGAGGAAAUAUCCUGCUAUUCGGAUAUCUAUGACCAGCUUAAUGAGCACUACGAGACCAGUUUAUGCAACCGCCGUAUGGCAACCCUGAAACAAGUUUACUUCAAGGAUCUUUGGACAAGCAGUGCAACUAUACUUGGACUGGUUGUCCUGGUUUUCUCAAUUGUUGGUACUAUCAAUUCGCUCAUCUAUCACAAGCGUUAA